AUGACACAAGAACAAACCCCUGCUGCGGCAGACCCCAAGCCCGUUGCGGCCCACGAUCCCUCGCACGAAGAACACCAAUACCUCAAUCUGAUCCGCACGAUUCUCGCUCAAGGAGAACACCGACCCGAUCGAACCGGCACCGGAACUCGAUCAAUCUUCGCCCCGCCUCAACUUCGCUUCUCGCUCUCCAAGCCCAAUCCCAACGGAGGAGAUCCGAUCCCCGUCCUCCCCCUCCUCACCACCAAGCGCGUCUUCCUGCGUGCCGUCCUCGCCGAACUGCUCUGGUUCAUUGCCGGAUCGACAUCUUCUCUGCCCCUCUCCGAAGCCGGGAUCAAAAUCUGGGACGGAAACGGCAGUCGCGAAUUCCUCGACAAAGUCGGCCUGGGCCAUCGGGAAGAGGGCGACCUGGGACCCGUCUACGGCUUCCAGUGGCGUCAUUUUGGCGCAGAAUACGUCGAUGCCACGACCGAUUACACCGGUCAAGGGGUGGAUCAGCUUCAGGAAGUCGUGAACAAGAUCAUGAACUCCCCGUUUGAUCGCCGGAUUAUCAUGAGUGCUUGGAAUCCCGCCGAUCUGAAGAAGAUGGCGCUCCCGCCGUGUCACAUGUUUGCGCAAUUCUACGUCUCGUUCCCGGCGAGUAUGAAGUUGGAUGAAAAGACGGGCAAGCCGAAUGAAAAGGGCACUUUAUCUUGUUUGCUGUAUCAGCGGUCGUGCGAUAUGGGUCUGGGUGUGCCCUUCAAUAUUGCCUCGUAUGCGUUGUUGACGCAUAUUCUGGCCCACGCGGCGGAUUUGCACCCGGGCACGCUGGUCCAUACGAUGGGUGAUGCGCACGUUUACCUGGAUCAUGUUGAUGCGCUGAACGAGCAGUUGACUCGGGAGCCGACCGAGUUUCCAGAGUUGGUCAUCAAGCGAGAUGAUCGUGGCAGUGCUGUGAUUGAUGGGUGGAAGGAAGAUGAGUUUGAAGUGGUUGGAUACAAGCCUCAUAAGACGAUCAAGAUGAAGAUGAGUGUUUGA